UGUACUUUGUUUACGUCCCGUUGGUUAGCUGACAGUUGUUGUAGCGCUUUACUCUCACAAACAACCCUGACUGCAUGGCUUUGCUGGUUGCCUCAAGCUUCCUAAACUUUAAACCGAGUGUCCUGGAUGUCCUGGAUGUGAUGUUUUGUUGAAUGAGGGGGACCCGCUAGAUACCGACAGGAGGAUGAACUCCAUCACCGGUCGGGUUCUUGCCAUCCCCGCCGCCUCUGUCACCAGCUCUGGAGCUUCAUCCUCUCGAGCCUUACAUGUAGAGCUGACAUCCCAGCAGAGGCGAUUGCGUCAUCUCCGGAGCAUAGCGGCCCGGAACAUUGUGAACAAGAAUGGUUCCCCACUGCUGGACACAUACUUCACCCUGCAUCUCUGUAUAGGAGAGCGCAUCUCUAGAGAUUUUUACAAGAGUGAAGUCAUACGAGACUCGCUGAAUCCAACUUGGCGCAGCCUGGACUUUGGCAUGCUGCCGGACCUUCUGGACACCUCAGUGUCUUGCUUCGUGGUGCGGAUCUGGGGAGGACAAGAGGAACAGUUCCAACUCCUCAUAGAAUGGAAGGUCAAUCUGGAUGGCCUCAGAUACACAGGACAGCAGAUUCGAUCCAGGAAUCCAAAUGAGAUCAUAUUUGGAUUGAAUGAUGGCUGCUAUGCAGCUGACUUUGAUCAUAAGGAUCAGUCGGAGCGGAAGAAAAACAGCCUGCUUCAGGUCGACCUGAGUUCAGUCCGGAACUCCUACAGCGUUUUCUCUUUACUCAGGCUUCACACAGCACAGAGAGCCAUCAAACAGACCCAAGUGACAGUGCAGAGGAUUGGGAAGGAGAUCGAGGAAAAGCUGAGGACGACGGCAACAUGCACAGAGCGGAAGAAAGAGCGAGAGUGCAUGCAGCUGCGUAUCGCUGUGCUGCGGAGCGAGCUGCAGCGGCAGAGGAAGGCGCUUGGCAGGGAGAUGGACCUUCGGCAGAAAGAGAGUGCACAGCUUCAGAAGAAAGAGGAAGCAUUCUCCGCUCAACACGAAAGUCUGAAGGAGGAGAGAGAAUCUUUAACCAAGCUGCAGAAGGAAUGCACUGCCAAGAGAGAGCAGUUCCUCAAGUCCAACGCCCAGCUCACCUUCCGCUGUCGGCAGCUCCUCUCUGAGCUCUCCUACAUCUACCCCAUUGAUGUGGCCAAUCAGUCAGAUUAUGUCAUCUGCGAAGUGAAGCUGCCGAACUCUGAAGACUUUCAAGCAAAGGAUGAUGGGAGCGUGGCGGUCGCCCUGGGUUACACGUCGCACCUGGUGCUGAUGAUCUCGUGCUUCCUGCAGAUACCUCUCCGGUACCCGGUGAUCCACAAGGGUUCACGCUCCUCCAUCAAGGACACCAUCACUGACCGGCUCACUGAGAAGGAGAGAGAAUUCCCUUUGUACCCCAGAGGAGAGCGCUUUCAUUUUGAAUACGGUGUCUACUUACUCAACAAGAACAUAGCCCAGCUGAGAUAUCAACAUGGUUUGACAACCCCCGACCUGCAGCAGACACUACCCAACCUGAAGAACUUUCUGGAGCACGGUCUGCUGGUGCGAUGUGACAGACAUCACGUCUCGAGCUCCAUCCCAGUCCCAGCCAAGUCUCAGCUGGGUGUGUCUGCUGCCUCAGAGAUGGGCUUCCCCUCCCACACCAGCUCCCCCGACCGAGGCCUGAGGAAGAGGGCCAGUUCAGAGGCAGACAAGCCCACUCCCCCUCCCAGCUACAGCACAGCCAUGGGGGAAAAGCAGACCCUGGCAGCGCCCUCUCCCUCACCCCAACACCUGUCCUCCUCCCUUGAUGCCGGCAUGGCCUCUCUCAACCUGGCCAUGUCUACGGAGCCCACCGAGGACGGAGAGGAGAGGCAGGAGAAGGAGGAGAGCAGGGAGGCAGAAGUGGAGGUGGGGAGAUGCAGAAGCACAGAUGGAGAGAUGGAAGUAGAUAAAGAAGAAGAAACUGAGGAGCAACCGACCAGUAGCACUGUUGCGUGUCCCUCUCUGACAGUGCAGGACACUGGAGAGGACAGCAGUCAGCACACGGCUUCAAUGAACGGCUCUGUCAGUCUGGCUCCAGAGCUGCGCUGCUCUGUGGAGCAGGCGGAGGAGAUCAUGGGCACAGAGGCCACCGGGUUAGGGAUGGGGAUGGGGAUGGGGAUGGGGCUGGGGUUAGGGGUGGCAGACGAGGCCCGGAUGGAAGACUACCGCUCCAUCCCGGUGGACCGCGCAGUCGCGGUGGAGUGUGACGAGCAGGUGCUGGGGGAGCUGGACGCGGCCGGCUUCGAGGAGUUCUCCAGGCGCAUCUACGCACUCAACGAGAACAUGUCCAGCUUCAGGAGGCCGCGCAAGAACUCUGAUAAGUGAGGCUAGCACCUGAGGAGAGAGGGAGGCAUGGAAGACUUGCACAGGGACAAACACAUGCAGGGACAUCAGGGCGGGUCCACUCCCUCAUCACAGCAUCAACAAUGAUAUGAGCUAUUCUGGAAUAACGACCAAUUUGCACUUAUUGUAAACAUUUCCAUAGUAAUCUUUUAAAUGAAAUGCAGUUGAAGUGUAAGUAUUGGGACAGUUAGCUUUACUUGUAUUUGUGAUGCCAGCAUUCAUAUAUUUUUAACAAUGGAUGGAACAGUGCUUCAUUAUUCAGACAUUUUUAAUCACAACUACAUUUGGACUUGACCUUAACAAUGGCCCUUUUGAAUUAGUGUUGUUGUUCACUAAAAAACUGAAACGUUGACUUUAAUUAAAUUCAUUAUGUCAACAGAUUUCACAUAACUGUGUUUGGUUAGUUGGAAGCAAUAUUAUUAAGUUUAAAUACAACAUAUUAGGUUCAACUUAAUAUUAUUGCUUUAAACAAACCUAAGGGUUAUGUGAAAGUUGUUGACAUAAUACAUGUCAUUAAUGUCAGUGUUUCAGUUUUUCAGUGUAGUCUGUUGAUCCAGGAGACAUGGGACCAUAACGCAGAACAACUCAAGUGUAUCAAUCAUUUUUCAAGUCCUUCAUGCAGUACCUUUUUUGCUCUUUACUUCUUGCACAAACAUUAUUAUCUCUGAACUGCAAGAUUCACAGUGCGGGAAUUGUUUCAACUUGAAACAUAAUUAAAGAGUAUAAUCUUCUCUGAGCCGGCUGUCCCAGCACUGACACCUUAGACUGAACAAGCUAAUGUUUAGACGCUUCCCGAGCCUUCAUUUAGGAUGCAUGACGGUGUGUGUGUGCAGGAGGAAGGACGCAGUGUGUAGACGUGUGUGUCGCAGCUUCACAUUAGCAUGCAACAGUUACACAGUUACAGUGAGGUUUCAAUGAAUCCCACCAAUGACCUUUGUCAGGCAGGGUUUUGCCCCCACAAAUGAGGUGAGAGCCAUAACCAGAGAGCCCCCCCCCCCCCCGUCAUUCUCCACUCGGAGUCCAGGGUCUCCUUCAGGUCUUUAGGUGAGGAGCGGGUGUCCGCUUGGAGCUCAGCACUUGGCAGGGAUACGGUGCAAUUGUUUUUCUGUCCAUCUCCAUCUCCUCGAUUUCUCUCUUUUUAUUUUUCAAUUUGAAUGUACCCCAUUAAUAUUACCAUCCAUGUUAAUGUCACGUCCACUGAUUCUCAUAUGCAGUGGAGCAAAGAGUUCAUCGUGUGUCUGUAUUCUGUUGGGAUGUCUCACUCAGGCUUUACUGUAAGUGUUAAUAGCAAAUGUCUCUUUUCCAUUUUCUGUGAUGUUGUCCUGCGUCCAUGUUCUGAAUGCUUUCUUGCACUGGUAUUCAAUGAUUGCAUUAUUUAAGUCUCAAUGAUUGUGUGCUUUGUUUAAAAGAAAAUCCAUAUUUAGUUAAAUGUUCCCCACUCACAUGGGAUGUCGCUCAUUAAUAUUGUUAGACUUAUGUUACCGGUGUCUGGUCCUGAGGCAGACGGCUGCCCUGCAUCGCCGCCAUGACAGAUGACUCUUCAGCCCGCUCUGUUGAGAGCUAUUGUAUUUCAAACUAAAGCUACAACAUCACAUGCUACACAGUUCAGUCAGUGACCAUGUACAGAUACUUUUGUAUGGAGGGUUUUUGUUAUUAAAGACUUACAGUUCAAUGGCAUGGAUGUGUGUAGCCCCCUUGAGAGUGCUCGGCAUAUAUUUCUAUUUCUAUUGGUGUGCUCAAGUUUAACUGUAAGGGUUUUACAGCAAUAAAAUGUAUCAAACAUGCUAA